CGUAUUCUUCUCCAACAUUGCCGACAGUGAUAUAAACUAAAACAUUAUGCCUCUCCGUUUAGAUAUAAAGCGAAAGCUAUCAGCUCGUUCUGAUCGUGUCAAGUCUGUUGACCUUCACCCCAGUGAGCCAUGGAUGUUGGCUAGUUUAUAUAAUGGUAACGUCCAUAUUUGGAAUUAUGAAUCACAGCAACUUAUCAAGUCAUUUGAAGUUUGUGAUUUGCCAGUUAGAGCGGCUAAGUUUGUGGCCAGGAAAAAUUGGGUGAUAACUGGCUCAGAUGAUAUGACAGUAAGAGUGUAUAAUUAUAAUACAUUAGAACGUGUUCACCAAUUUGAAGCUCACUCAGAUUACCUACGAUCUAUAGCAGUUCAUCCUACACAACCCUAUAUACUUACUAGUAGUGAUGAUAUGUUAAUUAAGCUGUGGGAUUGGGAUAAGAACUGGACGUGUACACAAGUAUUUGAAGGUCAUAGUCAUUAUGUGAUGCAGAUUGUGAUCAACCCUAAAGAUAAUAAUCAAUUUGCUAGUGCUUCUCUUGAUAGAACUGUAAAGGUAUGGCAGUUAGGAUCCAAUGCACCAAACUUCACCUUAGAAGGCCAUGAAAAGGGAGUGAACUGCGUUGAUUAUUAUUCAGGGGGAGAUAAACCUUAUUUGAUUUCUGGUGGUGAUGAUAGAUUGGUUAAGAUUUGGGAUUAUCAGAAUAAGACUUGUGUACAGACAUUAGAAGGCCAUGCUCAGAAUAUUUCCUCUGUAUCAUUUCACCCAGAAUUACCCAUUAUAAUGACAGGUUCUGAAGAUGGAACUGUAAGAAUUUGGCAUGCUAAUACCUACAGAUUAGAGAGCACUUUAAACUAUGGUUUAGAAAGAGUAUGGACAAUCUCAUCACAGAAAGGGUCUAAUAACGUAGCUCUAGGUUACGAUGAGGGUAGCAUUAUUAUUAAGUUGGGUCGAGAAGAACCAGCCAUGUCUAUGGAUUCCAAUGGUAAAAUUAUCUGGGCCAAACAUUCCGAGAUACAACAAGCUAAUAUUAAGGCUAUGGGGGACCAAGAUAUCAAAGAUGGAGAACGGCUACCAUUAGCUGUGAAAGAUAUGGGCAGUUGUGAAAUAUACCCACAAGCCAUUGCACACAAUCCUAAUGGAAGAUUUGUAGUAGUUUGUGGAGAUGGUGAAUAUAUUAUAUAUACAGCUAUGGCACUACGUAAUAAAAGUUAUGGUUCAGCCCAGGAAUUCGCCUGGAGUAAUGAUGCGUCUGUAUAUGCUAUCAGAGAGGGAAGUAGUAUGGUCAAAAUAUACAAAAAUUUUAAAGAAUUAAAGUCAUUUAAACCUGAUUUUGGGGCUGAAGGUAUCUAUGGAGGUUUCAUGCUGGGAGUAAGAUCUGUCAGUGGUCUAGCUUUCUACGACUGGGAUACAACUGAACUCAUCAGAAGAAUAGAAAUCACUCCUAAAAGUAUUGUAUGGAGUGAGAAUGGUGAACUAGUAUGCAUUGCUACUGAGGAAUCAUUCUUUAUUCUCCGCUAUAAUCCUGAAGCUGUGGAGAAUUCCAAGGACAAUAAAGACAGUGUGACAGAGGAUGGUAUUGAGGAUGCUUUUGAGGUUAUAGGGGAGAUAGAAGAGGUGGUUAAAACUGGUAUCUGGGUAGGAGAUUGUUUUAUAUACACUAACAGUGUCAAUAGGUUAAAUUAUUAUGUUGGUGGUGAAAUAGUUACUGUAGCUCAUCUUGAUAGAGUGAUGUAUUUAUUGGGGUAUAUACCGAAGGAGAAUAGAAUGUAUUUAGGAGAUAAAGAGUUGAAUGUAGUUAGCUAUAGUUUAUUGGUUUCUGUAUUGGAAUAUCAGACAGCUGUCAUGAGACGAGAUUUCGACACGGCUGAUAAAGUUUUACCCACUGUACCACGUGAACAGAGAACUCGAGUUGCUCACUUCCUUGAGAAACAGGGUUUUAAAUCACAAGCUUUAGCAGUAACAUGUGAUCCAGAACAUAAAUUUGAACUAGCUAUACAGUUGGGCGAUCUAAAAAUAGCUUAUACACUAGCUAAAGAGGCUGAGUCUGAACAAAAAUGGAAGCAACUGUCUGAACUAGCUAUCAAGAACUGUGAAUUUGGAUUAGCCCAGGAGUGUUUACACCAAGCUCAAGAUUUUGGAGGAUUAAUGUUACUCGCUAGUUCAGCUGGUAAUAGAGACAUGGUAGAACGUUUAGGACAUACUGCCGAGAAAGCUGGUCAGAACAAUGUUGCUUUCCUUUCUUACUUUACUCUUGGAAGAGUAGAAGAAUGUCUAGAUGUUUUAAUAAAAACAGGAAGAUUACCAGAGGCUGCUUUCUUUGCCAGAACUUAUUUACCAAGUCAGAUAUCCAGGGUAGUAAAGUUAUGGAGAGAAAAUCUAGCCACAAUAAAUAAAAAGGCUGCUGAAUCGUUGGCAGACCCCACAGAAUAUGAGAAUUUAUUCCCUGGUUUAAAAGAAGCAUUUAAAGUUGAACAAUAUCUGGAACCCCAGAGAAAGGCAGUAAUACCAGCUCAUAAAUACCCACAAGUUCCUCAAAAUAGUUCCCGUAAUGCAGUGGAAGAGAUGCAGGCUGCCGAGGCUGAAGGUCGUUUUGAUUAUGAACCUGUACAGAGACUGUCAGAAUCAGAGAAUUUAGAUACAGAGGAGUCAGAUAAAAAGGAUACAGAGCUAAUAACACCAAAAUCACCCCCUGUCUCUAAACCACAACCACUUCUAGAUCCAAUCAAACCGGAACCAGUUCUAGAUCCAAUCAAACCAGAACCAGUGCCCACACCUAAAGCUGCCCCAGUAACUAAAUCUCAACCGUCUGAACCAGUGAGCAGUCGGACGGCAGCCGAGAUAGAACAGGAAUUGGAACUAGAUUUAGAUAAUUUACAGAUAGAUGAUGAUAUCGAUACUUCAGAUGUUAAUUUAGAUGAAGAUUUAUUAGAAGAUUAAGAAGACAGAAGAUAUUUAUUAUUUGUUAUAAUAUGUUGAUAAAUUGUAAAUAUAAAAUAGAUAUAUAUCAUAUUUUCACAGUGCUGUUAUUAAUACUGUCAUUAUGAUAUCAAACUCAAAUUAUAAUGUUUCAUAUUGAAUCGUGUUUCAUGAUCUACAGAUAAAGAAACCAACAACUGAUAACAAUCUGAACUGCUAAACGAGAACCCGAAAUCCAAACAACAUAUUGGCAAAACAUUAGAAGCAACUCAUAAACUUUUCCCAUGAUAUAAGAGAAAUAAUAUUUCUGACUAAUUUAAACAAUUUGUUAUAAAAUGAAAUGGAUACAGUGUGUUUAAUUCUAAAAAUAAAUAUCAUUGCUCUACUACAUUGCAUUUCUUUGACAUUUGAUUGUAGGGUGGUGCUCGAUUGGUUGGUUCUGAACAGGUUCCAUCAGUUCCAAUUCUGCCCUCAAUCAAAGGGUAUAAAAGUGGAAUAUGUCGCAUUCAAAUUUUUCCCAUUUAUUCCUUCUCCACCAUUUUGAAUUGUAUCUACAUCUACUAUUUUUCCAGCAUAUGAGGAAGGCGUUCUAAACUCUGUUCCAAGUUGUUUUAUUGAACGUUCUGUUGAUUCCAUGAAUUCCGAACGUACAGAACUCACCAAUCGAGCGGCCCUUAUGUAUGUUUGUAUAUAUUUUAAGUGGGAUCAAUAAUUUCUUUAUGUUUGUUAAUAAGACACAUCUUUUAAUUGUUUGUUGUUUCUGUUUUCAUUAAUUUUCAAGCCAAGCAAAUUAUUUUUGCAUAUCUAGGAUGAUUCUAAAUUAGUACGUAAAUUAUAAUCCAACUUCUGAUAUGCACAAAUUAUUCAGCUUGGCUGUAAUAAAAGUCUUUGUUGAUAAACAAGAAAAAGUUUGUUAUUUAAGAGUCUGUCAUUUCUCAUUAGAAGUCUGAACGGUAGGAUGUAGACUUUCACAUUCAACCUCUAGUGUCCAUCUUCACAAUGAUCAGGGUAUUGCGCCUUCAUCUUAUACUUUGACUAUACCUUGGCCCACUUUCUUGUUUUCAACAAUUUGAUUGGAUUGUACGUCAGCAAAUACAGCCAGUUAGAGCCCUGGAUUUCAUGUAUACUUAUUUGUUAGUCUCUGUGCCGAAGGCUCAAAUUGCUGUAUUCACAUAUUAAGAUAUAAUGCCUUGACCAUUGUGAAGAUAAUCGUGGCAAGAUUCAAAUCAUUCGCAAGACCAUUCUAAUUUGUUUUUUGGUAGAAUAGGUGGUAAUUGGUGCUAUAUAAUCCAGAAUUAUAUUGUAUCCAUUACUUCUUAUACUACCUCAAAAUACAGCAUACUCGAGGGUACAAAUAGGUGCGCAUUGUUUUCACAAUUAUAUGGUACUAAGUGCUUGCAGACCACUUUCUUUGAAUAUAUAUAUGGAUGCUAUUUAAUGGAAGUUAUUCUGGAUGAGAAAUUACCCUUGGCAAAAUAUUUUUGUGUGUCAUUGAUCUUUAAAAUAUUUCCAAUAGAUUUGAAUGUUUAAAUUUAUUUCUCGUAAGAUUUUAAGAAUUCAAUUCAUGUCGGACAUGAUCAUGCGCAUUACUUGUAAAUAAAUUAUAACUUAAAUU